UAAACGUCAAAGUCAUUUUCAAGAAACAAUUGUAACCUCCUUCACAGAAUAAUACUACAUUAUAAUGUCUAAUAGCAAUUUAUUUCUGAAAUCCGGAUUCGUUCGAGCACCAUUGCAGAAUGGUGUCGGUCGUUAUGUUUGUCAAUUGCAGAGGAUUGUUUUAAAAUUCUGCAAAAGUCACGGCGGGAGCCGAGGAAUGAGAGAUUUUAUUGAACAGGAUUUAGUCGAUUUCGCAAGAGACAAUCCCAGUGUAGUGGUUUACUUGAAGCCGCGAAGACAUCGGAGUCCAGUCGUUGUAGCCGAGUAUCUAAAUGGCGAUAGAGUUUGGAUGAGUAUGCAAAACAAGACACACUCGGAGAUCACAAAAUGGAUUGAGAACAUGAGAACACAGCAGGGAGACUUAUCUGCGCUGCGACUCAGGAAAUAUCAAUACACCGAUCACCCAUCCAUCCAGGGUCCGUGGACACCGUUCACAUUCAAGAAUCCUGAACUCAACGUAGCCACAUUACCCGAUCCCAAAUUCGGUGCAAACGAUAGAUUACCAAUGUCAGCGACGGAACAGCUUAGAAUGAUGUUUGAAAAACAAAGCAUCGGUAGCAAAGAAGACACAGAAGAAAAAAAGGCGGAAUAAAUAUAAAAUAAUUUAGUCUUAUUAUCUAGUGUAGACUUAUGUACAUAAAAUAGAUACCACAGAAUAUAAAAUUAGGUGUAA